AUGCAUCCCACCCGCUACAUCGACGGCAUCGCCAAUCAAGAGGACGGUCUCAGUCAGUCCAUCAACAGGUUCAGACACCACACCAUACGUGCCAAACUUCUACAUCAAUCGAGAUGGCGGCCCCUGGAGAUGGAGUAUCAACAAAGUCUAGGUACCAACCACCUGACGGAUGUGGAGAUUCUACCCGGCAGACAAGCGCAAUCAGCUGCGACGGUCACCACAUGUCCCAGCACCAUUACACCGGCCUCCACCAUACAAGAACAUGCUGACCAGUUUCAGAGAAGGUAUCCAAGUCGGCAAGCACACCCGCUGGACCAGGCCACGGGCAUGUUCACGCAGGCAAACGACGAAAACAACCCAUCUUUCCGCACAUACCAGUACCACGGGACCGACAAGUACCCGAUCAUGAUGAACCUCUACGUCAAGAUCGCUCCAGGUCACCGCUCCGAAACCCCGGAGUCCACACGCGUGGCACCAUGGUCACCAGCUUGCAGCAGAUAUACGACAGCUUGGGACAAGAAGUGGAACCACAUACGAUUUCGCAACACCAUGAUCACGGUCAUCUUCUCCCUGUUCUACCAGUCGACCAACUUGAACCGAGAAGAUGGCACACCAGUCAUCAGAUACUACCCCAAUCGGAUGAACUUCCUGCCCAAGCAGCUCGUGCACAAGUUCCCCUCCAUUCAGCAAGAAACGCAGCGGAGUAUCCUCAUGUCCUGGAACGAGUACAUCAACGACCCAGCCACGCACGUACAGAUGCUUCGCCACGCAGAAUCCCUGAACGAGCACUCCAAGAAAAGCCGACGUCACCAAGUCAAAACCCUGCUCAGGGACAUCCUGACAGGACCCUCCGGCAUCCGCAUCUUGCAGUUUACCGCAUACCAGUUUCGCAUGAUGAUACGCAAAGGCACCAAUCCCGACCUGACCACCAUGCCUAACAUCUACCAGCUUUGGCACUGGGGAUACAUCAAGUUCAAAAGCGUCAACGAGGAGCUCUGGAUCUUCACGCACAAUUUCGCGGACCCGCAGACCAUGGCUAGGCUGGAGCAGACUUGCGUGCAUUUUCACAGGAUCUGGGCUUCUCAAGUCGUCCCCAGCACAGCAGGUCUUGUGCCUAUCCUCCCCAGAACACAAGACCUAUGCGUGAUCGUCCACAACACGAACCCUCCGUUCCACCAGCCCAUGGUUGCCAAGCACAACACCAUCUCCGGCAUCAUGACCUCGCAGGCCGUCAGCAACAUUGUCUUUCGUAAAGUUCAUGCCGACCUACAACUACACAGGACAUGGCCCAGCGUGGAUUCCGCACUUCAGCCUGAAUACGAAGACGACACCUUCCUAAUACCAGAAGCUUGGCCCACCAACAUAUGGACCGUUUGCAAUUCCGCUCACGCCACGGCAGCGCAUGUGCUCCAUCGCCUCUGGGAUCCACUGAUCUUUACGUUCGCUGACCCAUGCCACGCCUCAUACCACCAGGACACCAAGCACUCCAGUCAACCACACCUCACGGAGAAGUUCUACAAGAUCGACAAUGAAGGGCACAUCCCCAUGAUCGGCAUUCCGGCCAGCAGCAUCAAGGAAGGACGCGCAGAUUGGGCAUGGUUCCAAUUUCAGCACGAGCCACGCACACCCUUCCGCUGGCUCCCAAUCCCCUUGGCCUCUACGACUUUGACCAGAAACCAUUCAGUCUACUGGAUCAAGUAUCACCAACGCGAGCAAGUGCAACGCCAUCACGCCCAGCAUAUCCAUCAACCCAGUUGGUUCACGCUUGAUGGAGUUUUUACACCAUUCCAACAAGAUCCCCCACUCGAAGCAGAUCAGGCCGUUCCUACACCAACACAGCAGGAGUGGGAGGAGUUCAUAGACCACAGAAGAGCUCUACUUGAACUUCAACGGUGCACCACGGCAGAUCGACAAGAUCAAUCGCAUGAGUGGCAUCAUGUACGAUAA